CUUUUUCGCGUGUCCCGCUGGGCGUUGACUUACAAGCUCCAACGACUUUUCUACCCGACGACUUUAUAGCCGAACGCUUUUUCCAGUAAUUCAUCUCUUCUUUGACUUCAGAAAUGAAUUAAUAAUAAUUGAAUUUUAUAAUGCGUAGUAAUACAGCCUCUCUGAAUAAUUCAAUCACUCACAAUUUUUCCGGGUUUUAUAUAAAAAAAUCAAUUAAUAAAAUACAGAUUGUUUUUUAUUUUUUAAUUUAUAUUUCUAGCUAAAUUUUUAUUUUUGUGAGUAAUUAUUCAAUAUCAUUACCAUGAACCCAUGAUUCGUUGGAGAAGAUAAAAACAGUCCACUGCAUUUUCAUCUCUUAGCCUCAGAUUCAUUGAACGUGGACGGAUUUCCGACCCGGUUCGGUUCUUUUGACCGUCCAAAAGGCAUUUUGGUGAUCCACAUACAGAGCAUAUAAAUUUACCCAUUUUCACUCUUUUCUCUGUUUGAUUGCCUUUCUUCUACCGUGAGCUGAAUGGGGUGGGGCCCCCACUAGAUUUCUCGCACCUGACGUGUCAUCCACUAUCAAUGGCGUUCAAGAAAGGCUUAUCAAGGAUGGAGGUAAGAAAAUGCGCCCUUUUUUGGCGUGUGUAUGUUUUUUAUUCCCUUUGAUCCAAGAAUGGGGUUAUUAAAAGGUUGUUCCUAAAUUAAUUUGUUGUUAUUCCAUGUCUGUUCGAGGUUUUUGGCUGUUAAAGGGAAUCUUUUUUGGGAUUAUCAGAAAGCUGCCAAACAACUUUUAGCCUGCUAAUUAAUGUUAAUUUGUUCAUAUUCAAGAGAACAUGGGUGGAUACUUUUGGUGGGAUAAGUUUAAAAGAUUUUUAGAAGGUGAAGAGCUGCAUCAGUACAUUUUGGGGAAAUCCUGUCAUGCAUUACAAUGAACACUUCUGAGAAUUAUUCUACAUAAAUGGUUGAAGAUGCUGAGUUUUCUGAGUAAAAUGUGUUUGGUAUAAUACUUUUCGAACAGAUUGGUUAAAUCAAAGGUUAUUUAUUCUCCUUAUUUUGCUAGUAAACAAAUACACCUAUUGAUGCUGCCAAACCGGGCCUGAUUUGAGCUAAUGUUUCCUUGCUGUGCCCCCAUAGCCAAAUGUGGUUGAAUUAGACAUUUAUUUAUCCAAAAAGGUUAAUCCCCAACCUCAAGGGCUCCCAAACAUGACUCGACAAAGCAUAUGAGAAAUUGUAAAUCAUGAUGUCUAAAGGUGGUAAACCUUGGUUAUUCUUCAAAAUUUUCCACCACUAGACCAACUGAGCUACCCAUGCAGGUUGAAUUUUGUUCUCUGAUUUUUAGUUCACACUUCACAUGGGACAAACAUAUUAAAAGGACAAAUCAAUCCCCUCUUUCAAAAUUCUUUUUUCUCAUCAUCUUCACUUAAAUGUCUAACAUUUAUUAACACUAUAAACUUAUAAGAAGACAAUUGGCAAAGUUUUAUUCUUUAUGUUGCAAUCUUCUAAAGGAAGGAAUAAUGGGCUGAAAUCCUAAGACUGUAUUGCCCCAAGAUUGAUGCAUAAAGUGAAGACCAUAUAAUUCUCGUGCUUUCUUUUUUCAAUUGGAAUUUGGAAGACCAUAUAAAUAUAAAAUACUACCUCUGUCCCAUAAAACUUUGUCAAAAUUGACCGGCACAGAGAAUAAUAAAGUAAAAACUGUGUGGUUAAACAGAAACCAUAAAAUAAUUGAUUAAAAGGGAAAGUGACAGAGUUUUUGGGACGUCCCAAAAAGGAAAGAUGACAAAGUUUUAAGGGACGGAGGGGUAUGUUUAACUUCAACUCUUUUCAUAUUUAUAUUGAUCAUGGUAGGUAGGUUAGGUAGAGUUACAUAAGUGAGUAUGAAAUGAUGACAAUCGUGUGGUGGGGGUAGGGAAUGAAUAGGUCUUGAGAUGGUGAUAGUAAAUGAAAGGUCAUGUUUGUGACUUUGUGUUCCGAAUGAAAAAGGCCGACGGAAAACUGAUUUACAUUGUUCCUUAAAGGUGGAAUCUCCCACCCCAUGAGCCCCUACCCGACCCGACAGGAUGGUGGGGAGGUUAGUCACGGUGACUCAGUCAGCAGAAUAACAGUAGGGCCAUACAUCCGUGCGCACCAGAGGCUCAGCCUUAUUUCAGGUUCUGUGAGCUCCACCCGGUCGCUGCGGGGAUUCGAACCUUGGUCCAUUGUUCCAAAUCUCCCACCACUCGACCAACUGAGUUACCCGUGCGGGCGGAAAACUGAUUUCCAUGUAUGGAAGAAAGGCAUAUGUUCUUUAGCUUUAAAAAAGCAAUUUUUUCAAGAAAUAAAUUAUAAUUUUUUAGUUUUGGAGGUCCUAAGUUCUUGCAGUACUUAAAAAGGAAUGAGUAAAUUCCCUAAAUGGGACUAAAAGAAUACAAAAACGCAAAACUAGGACUAUCAUAUUUUUUUUGGACUUUUUUAGGACUAAAUUGGAGUAGCUUGACAAAAUUACCCUUAAUAUUAAAACUCCGGUACGCAGUACACAUCGCAGCAAACCAUUCUCCUAUGAACUGCAGCUCCGCCACCGACUAUGGCCUCGCAACGCACCUCCUCCGUCGACCGCAGAAGAAGAAGAAAGAAGAAGAAGAAGAAAAAGAAAAAGGAGAUGAAGAAGAAGAAAAGGAAGAAGGGGAGAAGAUUAUGUACCUGACUUGGCUGAAGAAGAAGAAGAAAGAAGAGGGUUGCAUUUCAUAGCGGACGGCGUGGUUGCGUUCAAUCGCAGACGAAGGGCUGCAAUUCCAUGGCCAGGAGAGAAAUUGCAGAUUAACUGGAGAAGAAUCGGUCGAUUGGGUUUAAUACAUCAAGGUCAAAAUUGUAAUCUAAAGUCCUAUUUAAGGAAUAAUAAACUUAAUGUCCUAUUUAGGAAUUUUGACAAUGUUUUAGUCCUAUUCAGGGCAAUUCUUUCAAAAGGAAUUACACCCCUUUAUUUCAGUUAAUACUCAAUUAUAAAGGUCAAGCAGCACACCUCUUUGAGGUCAAUGCUUUGCCUCAAAUGCGAAUCAUCACCAGUGGAUGAUUCUAACUUAGUGGCUGAAUUUGACCCAAAUUGCAAUGAAAAUGUAGUUUGGUAAUUGCCUUUUGAAAGACUUGAACUUUCAAAGUCUUCAGAAUCUUCCAACUCAUCUUAGGCAUUUUUUUAUGUGUGAACGGCUGGCUGCAUUUCCCCCCCUUCUAUUUAAGGACAACUAAAACUGUUAGUCAUGGCAAUGGUGUAGGAAUAAUUUCCGUGAUUCAAAAAUGUGUUACGGGUAUUUAUUUUAUUAAAUGUAGUUUGCUUGCUAUGUUUACUAUAUUUGACCACGCUGAUGGAUCAAAUGCAGGAGAAUUAAGAUAGAGAUUCUUUUAUUUAUAAGCUUGGGAAAUAUAUUAACAUACAGUGGAGACAGGCAAAAGAGAAGAGAUGGACAUAAGGAGUUUAUCAUCUUCUCGACAUGAAAACACACCGUAUAUUCACAAGGUGGGGGCCCCACGAAAAGAGAACCUAUUUAAGGAGAUCAAGGACACGGUGAAGGAAACCUUGUUUGCAGAUGAUCCAUUUCGGUCGUUUAAGGAUCAGUCAAGGACUCGGCAGUUCAUCCUUGGCAUGCAAGCCAUAUUCCCCAUUCUUGAUUGGGGAAGAAGCUAUACCCUUGCGAAAUUCAGAGGUGAUCUCAUUGCUGGUCUAACCAUAGCAAGCCUAUGCAUUCCUCAGGACAUUGGCUACUCGAAGCUCGCAAACUUAGAUCCUCAAUAUGGACUAUACUCAAGCUUUGUCCCACCAUUGGUUUAUGCAUUUAUGGGAAGCUCAAGAGAUAUAGCCAUAGGACCAGUGGCUGUUGUGUCACUCUUGCUGGGAACUAUGCUUCGUAAUGAAAUCGAUCCAACUAAAAAUGCAAGAGAUUAUAGGAGGCUCGCAUUUACUGCCACUUUUUUUGCUGGCAUCACACAAGCUAUCCUAGGGAUCCUCAGAUUGGGGUUUCUGAUCGACUUCUUGUCCCAUGCUGCUGUUGUUGGUUUCAUGGGCGGUGCUGCCAUUACAAUAGCCCUCCAACAGCUAAAAGGCUUUCUUGGAAUAGAGAAAUUCACAAGAAAAACAGAUAUUGUUUCUGUCAUGAAGUCUGUAUGGGGUUCAGUCCAUCACGGAUGGAAUUGGCAGACCAUUCUGAUAGGGGCAUCCUUUUUAGCUUUUCUCAUGGUUGCAAAGUAUAUUGGGAAGAAACACAAGAAGUUUUUUUGGGUGCCUGCAAUUGCUCCCCUGAUAUCAGUCAUCCUCUCCACAUUCUUCGUUUACAUUACACAUGCAGAAAAGAGAGGAGUUGCGAUUGUAAGACGCAUUGAGAAAGGAAUCAACCCUCCAUCAGCGAAUGAAAUAUAUUUUUCUGGAGAUUAUCUUUUGAAAGGAGUGAGGAUUGGCGUGGUAGCAGGCAUGAUUGCAUUAACAGAAGCUGUGGCUAUUGGGAGAACAUUUGCUUCCAUGAAAGACUAUCAAUUGGAUGGGAACAAGGAGAUGGUGGCACUUGGAGUGAUGAACAUUGUUGGCUCAAUGACCUCCUGCUAUGUGGCAACAGGUUCCUUUUCCCGGUCAGCUGUGAACUUCAUGGCAGGUUGCAACACAGCGGUUUCAAACAUUGUGAUGUCCUUAGUUGUAUUCCUAACUCUGGAAUUCUUGACCCCCCUCUUUAAGUACACGCCAAACGCAAUCCUUUCUGCCAUCAUCAUCUCUGCCGUGAUUAGCUUAAUUGACUAUGAUGCAGCAAUAUUGAUUUGGAAAAUAGAUAAGUUUGACUUCAUCGCUUGCAUGGGGGCAUUCUUGGGUGUGGUUUUUGUCUCUGUUGAGAUUGGUCUUUUGAUCGCGGUUUCAAUAUCCUUCGCUAAGAUUUUGCUGCAAGUGACGAGGCCACGCACAGCCAUUCUUGGAAGGAUUCCCAGGACAAAUGUAUAUAGGAAUGUGCAUCAAUACCCUGAAGCAACUAAGGUUCCAGGUGUAUUGAUUGUGAGGGUUGACUCUGCCAUUUACUUUUCAAACUCCAACUAUAUAAGGGAGAGAUUACUGAGAUGGCUGAUAGAUGAGGAAGAGAACUUGAAAGCAGCUUCCCUCUCUAGAAUUGAGUUUUUGAUCAUCGAGAUGUCACCGGUUACCGACAUAGACACUAGUGGCAUUCACGCAUUGGAAGAGCUGCAUAGUAGCUUGCAGAAAAGAGAUGUUCAGCUGGUUUUGGCCAACCCCGGAGGAGCUGUUAUUGAAAAGCUGCAUGCAUCCAACUUCCCCAACCUCAUUGGCGAAAACAAAAUCUUCUUGACAGUACAUGAUGCUGUGGUGACUUGUUCUCCGAAACUGCCGGAUGUGUAAGGGGUGUUGUGGGUGAAAAGUGUGAGUGAGCUAUAUAGAAAUGUUACAGAUCAUGAUAACAACAAGCUAGAGUAGGCUUAUGCAUUACUUCCUAGAGCUUAUUGCCUUGUUCAGUAGUGCAUGGUGGGGUGGGUCAUCAUUCAUCAAGAAUGUGACUGAUAGAUAACACGACAUGCCACAUAUCAAGAAUUGGCACUUGUGUUAUAUGGAAGGUGUGUUUGAGUAAGUGAUAUACAAAUUUGUUGUAUGAUGAUCUGAAAACAUUGUAUUUUGAUCAGUGUGUUCCAAUCCUUGUUUAAUAAAAU